GGUGAUUAUCCGGAAUAUUGUUUAUCCAAGGAACGCGUUGAUAGCCAAUCAGAGGGAAGAACAACGCGGGCGCGUCUUCAUAUCGAUUAUUGCGAGUGUUGGAAGUUCCCUCUCUAUCUCUACAAUUCAGAGCAGAAAUAACAGUUGUAAUCCAGUUGAGAGAGGAUACAAUGGCCUCAGAACAGAAUGAAGAUGUCGGUCUCGAGGAGGUAUGCUACGGGUUUCUUUUUCUUUCCUCCUGCCGCCCGCCUGCUGACAUGUACCAGCGUCUCAAGUCCGCUCUCUGGCUCUCUAUCGGCAAGAUCGUGGACGAGGAGACCAUCAAGCUGGGAGUUAAUGCAACGCCACAGUUCAUCGGAGCUUUGACUGAAAUGGUCUGGGCACAGAUAGAGACGGUGAGCCAAGAUUUGGAAUCCUUCGCAAAACAUGCCGGCCGCUCGACCAUCAAUGUUGCGGAUGUGAUGCUGCUUACGCGCCGUAACGAAGGCCUGGAAUCGAUCCUGCGUGCUUUUGUCGAUCAACAGCGCGAGGCUGCCACCCGAGAGGCAGAAAUCAGAUAAGCAUCGUAUUUCCGGCUUGGCAGUAAAUGGUACUCUGUACACAGAAUCCGACAAUACGCACGA